UUAUAUAAUUAUAAUUAUAAUUAUCAGACAUUAUUCAGUACAUAUAAAAAAAAGCAUUUUAUGCAGAUCAUAGAGCUAUGCAUGACCAUCGUAAAAACAAGUAACAUUGUACGACUUUAUAUUUGAAAGUAUAAUGGAUGGAAAUUCUGGUGCAGAGGGUAACUACACUGUUGUGAUUGAGAGUUCGCCCAGAGAUCCUGAUGUGGAAGUAGGAACUGUUCUGGCAAAUAAGCAAAAUGUGAAUGUUGUAGAAAGUCCGGACCAUAUACGAGCAGAUCAAAGGAUUGAUGGAUCUGACUCAGGUACCAUGUCACCUGAUCUCAUGUACAGUAACCCAACACUUGUCACAAAUGGAGAUCAUAAUAGCAAACUUCGCUUGGUAUGGGAAAAUUUAUGCGUAGAUGCUGAGUUGCCACCACCAUCUUGUUUUCAACGCAUGAAGGCCUGUUGUACAGGAAAUUCAGAAAAUAUACAAGAAAAGAGCAUACGGCCUGUUUUAAAAAAUGUAACUGGAGUAGCAGAGCCUGGUAGUUUGCUUGCUAUAAUGGGAGCCAGUGGGGCUGGUAAAACAACAUUGUUAAAUGUGUUGUCUCGACAAAAUAUUGCAAGACUAAAUUUGCGUGGAAAUGUUAUGGUAAACAACCAAGUUAUUAAGAACAAAAUCAAAUCAAUCUCAGCAUAUGUUCAACAAGAAGAUUUAUUUAUUGGAACCCUCACUGUGAAAGAACAUCUUACUUUUCAGGCCCUGCUUCGUUUGGAUGAUAGUUAUUCUAUGAAUCAGAAAAAGCAAAGAGUUACUGAAGUAUUACAACAGCUUGGGUUAAUGAAGUGUAAAGAUUCCAUUAUUGGAGUGCCAGGAAGAAUUCGAGGUAUCUCAGGUGGUGAAAACAAAAGGUUGUCAUUUGCUUCAGAGAUCAUAACGAACCCAAAAUUGUUAUUUGUUGAUGAACCGACAUCUGGUUUAGAUUCAUUCAUGGCAGAAAGUGUUAUCUCAGCUUUGCAGAAGAUUGCAAGUGAGGGCAGAACCAUUCUAGCAACUAUUCACCAACCAUCGUCUGCUACUUUUAAUUUGUUUGAUAGAUUGCUACUACUGUCAGAAGGACGAACAGCUUUUCUUGGUACGACGAAGCAAGCCAUCUCUUUCUUUAAUAAGGUUGGCUAUCCUUGUCCAGUAAACUACAAUCCAGCAGAUCAUUAUGUCCACACACUUGCAAUUAUACCUGGAAACGAAGAGGAAUGCAAGGCUAAAGCUAUGGCGAUAUGUGAUGCAUUUGCAGAACAAAGCGAAAGAAAAGAAAGUAUUACUCCAUCAACCGGUGGCCAGGACAAUGAUGAAGUUUAUACAAAACAAAGUUAUAAAGUUGGUUUUGGAAAGCAACUAGCAUCAGUGUUGUGGCGAUCAUGGAAAGCCAAUCAACGUGAACCAUUUGUGAGCACAUUGAGGAUUGGACAAGCUAUUGUUAUAGCUCUGAUAGCUGGUCUGGUUUACUUAGAUCAAGAUCUCAAUCAAGCUGGUGUAACAAACAUGAAUGGAGCAAUGUUUUUCUGCAUUACUACGUUAUCCUUUAAUUCAAUCACUGGAUCUCUGUUUGUUUUCCCAGCUGAAUUACCUGUGUUUUUAAAAGAGCACAAACUUGGGAUGUAUCGUACCGAUGUCUAUUUUAUUUGCAAAACACUAGCAGAGCUGCCAUGGUAUAUACUCAGUUCAUUCUUGUUUGCUACCAUCGUCUACUUCAUGACGGAUUUCGGAGUUGAGGCAGCUAAAUUCUUUGUAUUCGUUGGAAUAUUGCAGCUCAUUACACAGUGUUCUCUUUCGUUUGGGUACUUUGUAUCAGCCAUAGCACCAACAGUUCAAGUAGCUACUUCCAUAGGACCUCCUUUGAUGAUGCCAUUUUUGUUGUUUGGUGGGUUUUUCGUUAAAGACGAGUCAAUUCCAGACUAUUUUAUCUGGUUAAAGUUCUUGUCGUGGUUCAAGUAUGCCUUCGAGUGCCUUCAAAUCAACCAAUGGGAUGACAUCGACACUAUAAGUUGCGAACUCAAUGGGAACAAAACAAUUUGCCUGACGACAGGAGCCAACGUGCUUGCCAGGAAUGGAUAUAAACGGGAUAAUAUGUGGCCAAAUAUUGGAAUAAUGUUUGCACUGUUAAUUGGCUUCCGAAUCAUCGCGUUCUUGUUUGUGCUGCUACGAGCGUACAGAGCAAAAUAACGACGGGAUUACCAUCACCAUCAACACCCUUUCCAAAUAAGAUGGCGUAAAUAAUGAAGGAAACGAGGUUGCGUUUUUUUCAGAAUCCAAUCAAUGCUGUGAGCACGUUACAUGAGAACAACCAAAUGGGAAACGUUUUUCUCUGAAAAGCAUUUGAAAUUUUUAAAUAAUUUUGUAGUUACAGUAAGUGGUUUCGGGGGACUGGUAAAUUUCUAUUUCCAUCUUUAUCGAUAAAAGUAAAAGAGUCUUAUUUUUAAAAGGAAAGGGUUAGAAGGAUAGCCUAGGAUCCACGCAAUGAAGGCGCAAAAAUUCGUAAGGAAAACAAAUUAUUUCCAGUAUCCAGUCUAAUCACAGUAUUCUUUGUUUUACGUCAAGUUUUGUUUAUUUUUCUUCUCCGUGCUUGAAAUUAUUUUUUCUUGUCAUAUCAAUUCAAAAUAACGAUAAUAUAAGAUGUUAUGUCACUUUAUUCCUGGUGUAAAUUAUGUUAUAAAGUAUUUAUUCACCUCGAAUAUAAAAUUUUAUAAGUUCAGAAAGUUUUCAUUGUAAAACAAGCAAUCCUUGAUUUCUACUUAUAACGUAAAAUAAUAUACCUCUUUAUCGUGUAGUUGCUGUUUUUUUAUCAUGAAAAAUUUCCUUAAAAACAUGGCUGUGAUUAAAAGCGUAUAACAUCUCCGAUUACUACCUGUUCCAAACGAAAAUUUGCAUGUAAGCAACACACCUUGCUUCAGUUUUUAAAAAUUUAUUAGUUCAAGAUUUUUUUUUAAUUCUUUUUUUUUUUUUUUUUUUUUUUUUGCGCGCAAGAAAUUUACUUAAUAAUAAAUACAUAAGGUUGACAUACAACUACUACCACUUUCAUACGUUACUACCACUUUUAUACGCUACUACCACUUUCAUACGCUACUACCACUUUCAUACGUUACUACCACUUUUAUACAUUACUACCACUUUCAUACGCUACUACCACUUUCAUACGCUACUACCACUUUCAUACGUUACUACCACUUUCAUACGCUACUACCACUUUCAUACGCUACUACCACUUUCAUACGCUACUACCACUUUCAUACGCUACUACCAGUUUCAUACGUUACUACCACUUUCAUACGCUACUACCACUUUCAUACGCUACUACCACUUUCAUACGCUACUAUCACUUUCAUACGCUACUACCACUUUCAUACGCUACUACCACUUUCAUACGCUACUACCACUUUAUACGCUACUACCACUUUCAUACGCUACUACCACUUUCAUACGCUACUACCACUUUCAUACGCUACUACCACUUUCAUACGCUACUACCGGUUAUAAAAGCUAUGUAAUGUACAAAACGGCAAUGCCCUGAAUCGCUCAACCAAAAUAUAAAUUACUUUGCUCUCUAAGCACGGAUGAGCAUUUACAAGAAAAUUGAAGAUGUUAUAGAACUUAUUUGAAAAAAAAAACGGAUUGAGUGAAAGAAAUAGAUCUUUUGCUAGCAGAAAUCGGUUUACAUUGUGCUAAUAUUUAAUCCGAACAAACAUUUUUUGCUUCAAAAUCUGGAUGAAUAAUUCCAAAGCUACCGGAGAAAAUUCGCAACUGUGGAAUUGACCAACAUAAUUAGUUUAAAAGUUCAUAAAAAUCAUAAGCUACUCGUCCUGGGGGCGAAUUUUGGAGCUGUGAAGGAAAAGGGCUUCUAAAAAACGAUCAUAGAGCGUUGCCGUGGUUGAUUAAAUAUACAGAAAUAGUUUGAAUUCAACCUGGUCCCCAGGCCUUUUUACUUUUCUAGAAAAUUUAAAAGUUCUGACAAAGAGGUUACAAAAAAGGUUUCCUAAAUAAUUUUUGCCUCUCAUUUCCCUAAAAAUGUAGUACUUAAAAAAGUUUCAACCUUGUUCCCAGGGUAUUUUGCCGUUUUCAUUAAUUUGGCAGCGCCGGAGCAGGGAGAACCUAGGAAGGAGGAUGUAAAAAGUCCACUAAAAGAAUGUCCGCGAAUAAAAAAGAAUACCUCGUCGCCAGGCCAGGACUAAAUAAUCCUGGUGAGGAAGGGGUUAGGGGUGAGGGAAAGAAUUGCUCUUAAGGAGGUUUAUUUUUACUUUUUUACUUCUUUGGUUUCCGCGAAAAACUCCGACAAAAUUAAUGCAUGUAGUUCACGUGAAAAGAAAUCAGAAUUUUUAAAAUAUUUUUCGAACAUUUUUUAAAAGUUUUCAAAAUCUAAUCGAUAGCUAAAAUUUACAGCAAUAAAGCGUUUUUU